CAACAGAUGCAUUUUCAGGAGAUUUGCGUUAGGAGACUCGGAUCGGGCUUUGAAAUUACUUGCAUGUCAUGGGAUCCGACGUCCUCCGACGCAGGUGCGCGGAUAGCAAUCGGAACGAGGGACAAAAUAGUUCAGGUCCUUGUCCUCAACACAAAUUCGCAACUGCAGGCUGUGUUUUCAGUGCGACUAGACAACACAGUACCUAAGUCUGUCGCAUUUGCAGACGACCGAGGUGUCUAUGCAUUUGGACUGUACGAUGGUAAUUUCAUCAAGUUGAAUGGCGACGACGGCACGGUGGUGAAGGAGUAUACCUGUAAAUCAGUGAUCGGUCACGCAGCCGUCAAUCAGAAGAGAGGCGUGUUCGUGGUCGACAACGCAGCAGACGGUUUUACGCUGUACCGACUUGACGGCAACGAGGAGCCAGUUCGAACAUUCGUAACUGCUCCUCCGAGUGUGUCAGUACCCAAACAGGUGGCAUUCGGAGCAGAAGGAAGAUUGAUUGUAGGAGGAAGCGACAAUGGAUCAGUGUAUGUAUUUGAAAGGAAGACAGGCAAGCUACUUGACACUCUUCGCCACUCCAAUGGAGGCCUGGUGCAGACCAUCGCU